AGCGACAAAAAAACAGCCACCCACUUCACGCUCGUCUACCGCCCCCAGAACGACCCCCUCAUCCACGAUGACACAGCCCCUUCCAUGGUCCUCGCCCCCAGCGCGCCCUCCAAAAAUUCAAAAUCCAAAGGCCUAAGCGACCUCGCCUCGGAACUCGGCUCCGACGCCGCCUCGAUCCGCGACAACGAGGGCGAGGCCGCCAACUACGGCGUCUACUACGAUGACACCGAGUACGACUACAUGCAGCACCUCCGCGACCUCGGCACCGGCGCCGGGGAGGCCGUCUUUGUCGAGGCGCCCUCCUUGCAAAAGUCCAAGGGAAAACAAAAGAUGAACUUGUCGGAGGCGCUGGCAAAGAUGGACUUGGAGCACAAGAGCGAGGGGUUGUUGGAUGAGGAGAUAUUGCCGAGCAAGAAUUUGCAGAGGUUGACGUAUCAGGCUCAGCAGGAUGUUCCUGAUUCUAUUGCGGGGUUUCAGCCGGAUAUGGACCCGAGGUUGAGGGAGGUUUUGGAGGCGUUGGAGGAUGAGGCGUAUGUGGAUGAGGAAGGGGGGGAGGAUGUGCUGAAGGGGCUGGUGGAGGGGGAUGCGGAGGAGCUGGAUGAGUUGAGGGAUGUUUGGGAGGAGGAUGAGGAUGAGGAUGAGGGGUGGGAGUCGGAUUGUACGGUCAAGGCUGGGCCGGCGCAGAAGAAGCAGCAGCGGAGUCAAGAGGAGGAUCAGGUGCCGGAGCUGGUUGAUACUUCCAGGGAAGGUGAUCAAGAAGGACCGUCGGAUGACUGGAUGGGAGAGUUUAAGAAGUUUAAGGAUGAUCAGAAGUCUGGUGCCGCGGCCCCGAAAAAGAAGGCGGUUGGGUGGGGGGCUACGCCGUCGGAGAUUCAAUCGUCGAUUUGGACCACCACUACCAAUGGCGGGAGGCAAAAGAAGAGGAAGGGCGCGUUGACGAACCCGUCGACCUACUCGAUGACUUCUUCGUCGAUAUACCGGACAGAGCAGCUCAACAUCUUGGAUAGAAGGUUUGAGAAGCUCGAGGAGGAGUAUAACUAUGACGAGGACGACUUGGCGUCUGUGUCGGCCGUGUCCACCAUGUCGACUGUCCAGGGGACCACCAGGCAAGACUUUGACAGCAUGCUGGACGAGUUUUUGGGUGAGUAUGACGUGCGGGGUAAGAACAGAGUCAAGAAGGGCAAGUGGAAGAAUGGAGUGGCCGAGUUUGACGAGAUCAGGAAGGCGUUGGGGCCGCCGAUAAUUCCGGCCAAGUAUAGGACUGGGGGCAGAGGUGAAGAAAAGAAAGCGGAAGAGAAGAAACCAUAG